CACACACACACACACACACACCGUCACUCCGCACUCGUUAUUUGUUAAUCGUCCAGUUACUAUAAGACACUAUAGUUGUCAAUCGUUGUAAUAUUAUUGUUUGCACACUGCCGAGAGUCCUGACUAUAUAGAAUUGUUUUAAAAUACGCAGUAUGUUUUUAAUUUUUAUAUUAAAGACUUAACUAGUAUGGAAAAUGAACUAAUUCUUCCGUGGAAUAUUUAUAAUAUUAAUUUUAAAGUUAUUAAAAUAAUAAAUAGUUGCGAGUUGUACACUACGUACGAAGUAUCUUGCAAACAUUGUAUUUGUUCAAAGACGCGUACUGCUGAUUCACGUGCCCCAUCAAAUCUUCGCAAGCAUUUGAAAGAUAAACAUAGUAAUGUCAAGUCUGUUAGAGAAUUACUAGCUCCUUCUACUACUGUUUCAAUAGAUGUUAAAAGAAAAGUCAACACUGAAAUUAAUGAUAAUUCUGAUGUAAAAAAAAAUCAAAAAUUUAAAUACUGUUCAGAUGUCAAUACUUAAUUGUUCAAAUCGUAAAAGUUUGACUUCUCAAGAAGACCUUGAUCAAAUGAUCUUAGACGUCAUAAUAAAUGCACAUUUACCAUUCAAUUUGGUUUCUCAUGAAAGUUUUAAAACAAUUAUUUCCAAAGGCUAUCCUGGAAGAACUGUAUUAUGUCGCCAGACUUUAAUGAAACGUAUAGAUAAUAGCUAUAAAAUUGCCUGUGAUAAAUUAAAGAACAAGUUGAAUUUGGUUGAAUUUGUAUCAACGACAGCCGAUGCUUGGUCUACAUUUAAAAGGUAAUUCUAAUACAUUUAAUUUGAUAUAUUAUGGGCCAAUACACGUUUAUGAUUGUAUGAUUGUAUUAUUUUUAUAUUUGUAUUACUAAUUACUGAUACAUAAUUU